GGCUUCGUACAAGAGGACGCUGGAGGAGCUGAGGAAUUUCAAGGAAGCAGGGGAUCCUUUCACGGAGGAGUUCUAUACUCGGUUUCUGAACGUCCACAAGCAGCAGAUCCAGAUGCUGGAGAAGCUGCAGAGCAAGAAGCGGAAGCUGGGCAAGAAAUUGAAGUCGAUCCACUCGUGGAGGAAGCUGUCGAGCAUAAUCUUCGUCGCCAGCUUCGCGGCGGUGCUGAUCUGUUCCAUCGUGGCGGCGGCGAUGGCAGCUCCUCCCGUGGCCGCCGCGCUGGCGGCGGCGCGUCGAUCCCCCUGGGGUCGAUGGGGAAGUGGAUCGAUUCGCUGUGGCGGAACUACGAGAGCGCGGUGAAGCGGCAGAAGGAGCUCGUCGGGACAAUGCAGGUCGGGAGCUAUGUCGCGAUUAGGGAUCUGGAGACAAUCCGCGUGAUGGUGGACCGGCUGGAGGUGGAGAUGGCGGCCUUGGACAAGGCGGCGGAGUUUGCUACUCAGGAGGACGGCGGCGACGCGGCGGUGAAGAUUGGGAUCGAGGAGAUCAGGAAGAAGCUCGGCGGGUUCAUGAGGAAUGUGGAGGAGUUGGGGGUUCAGGCUGACGUGUGCAGCCGGGAUAUUCGGUGGGCGAGGACUGUUGUUCUUCAGCGGAUCAUUAAGCAACCGAAUUAA